GCUGUCACCCACGACACGAGCUUCUCCUCCUUCCUCAACUCCGCUCUCGCCAGCUUUCCCCUUCCAAAAAAAAACCGAGUUUUAAAGUCGGUAAGCUGCACCGCCCCUCUCCGCCCCGCGAAUCUCGCCGCCAUGGCCGCCGCCUCCGCGCCGCUGCUGCUCGCCCUGGCGCUCGCCUGCGCCGCCUCCCUGGCCGCCGCGGGGGACACCAACCGCGUCUACGACCCUUGCACCGACACCAAGAUCCAGCGCGGGGACGGCUUCACCUUCGGCCUCGCCUUCGCCGCCAACGGCGCCUUCUACUCCGGCUCCACGCAGCUCUCCCCCUGCGACCGCCGCCUCACCCAGCUCUCCCAGCUCUCCCUCUUCCGCCCCAAGGUCGACGAGAUCUCCCUCCUCACCGUCAACACCACCAUUGGCUUCAGCCCCGCCUCAGCUGGUGGGUACAUGGUAGCAUUUGCUGGCAGGAAGUAUGCAGCCAGAUCUCAACCAGUCUUUGUCUCCAAUUCCUCAGUUACAGUGUCCAGCUUCACCCUGGUUCUUGAAUUCAACAAAGGCAAGCUUCAGAACCUGCACUGGAAGAAGGACGGGUGUGGUGCCUGCACAGGGAAGCCAAACUUCAUCUGCCUCGGCAAGCAAACCUGCGCCAUCAGAACAAACAUCUGCAAGAGCAAUAACCAGGGAUCCAUGGACUGCAGCAUCGGCAUCCAGCUGGCCUUCUCGGGCACGGACAAGCACGAGUCGGUCCUCAACUCGUGGUACGAGGUGUCGAACCUGCAGCAGUACUCGCUCUACGGGCUGUACUCGAACGUGAAGGGGUCCCUGAGCGGCCAGUUCAACAAGUUCUUCUAGGCUCUCCUGGAACGACCGUUUGUCCAUAGCACUCUCCUGCCACUGCCUGCCCCUGUACUCAAGGGGAGCUCUAGCCUGUAGGUUUGCCUGCCCGUCCAGCUGAUUGUACGCAAACCGAUCUAGCUCGUGUGGAAAAUCAAAGCUCAUCGAUAUGCAUGUAUGUACCUAUUGCGAGUCAUUUUAUGCUGAGUAUAUUCUUUGUAUUACUCUUUGCAUUGAACUUCAAAUCAUGUGACGGGUCGAUCGUUUGCUGUC